AUGGAUCCCAACGGCUCACAGUAUGGGCUGGGCAGCGACAACCCAUACUUCCAGUCCAAUCCUGAUGAGGCACAGUUCCAAAUGGAUUCCAACAACAACAAUCCCUUUGCAAUGGAUUCCUAUGGCACACAGGUUCAGAUGAACGCCGACAGGUCCAACAUUCAACUGAAUGCCAAUGGUACCCAAGUGCAAAUGGGCGCCAAUGGGUUCCAAGUCCAGCUGGGCACACGCUCUGCACACUACCAACAGCAGAUGCGUCAGGCCGAAGACCUGCAACACCGAUAUACUCGGCUGAACAGAGAAUACCAGAGACUGCUUCACAACCACGACCUCCUCCGCCAGAGGGAAGCCCGUCUCGCGGAAGACAACCGCUCUCUACGAGACCAGUUGAACGCUAGGCAGUUCAACCAAAGCGCUCAUCAGGCGCAAAUGGCGGGCAGGAAUGUUCCUGUUCAGCCUCUUUACCAACAAACGACGGAGAGCGAACGGUAUGCUACCCGCUAUCCUCAACAACAAACGCCUUGGGCUCUCCAAGUCCAGCAACAACAACAACAGCUGCAGGAGGAGCUGCGACAGCAGCGACAGCAAUUCGCCUCCCCACCAGCGCUUGUUGAAAACUACCAGGGACUAGUAAAUAACCGGCAGCCACCACUCUCAAAUGGGGGCAUUGAUCUUACAUUUGGUGAUGUCCCUGUCGGCGUCGCUCUUGUCCCUCCUGUCGCGCCUCUUCCGGUUGCUGCCGGUGGCGUUGGUACGUUCACUCAAAUGUUGGUCGAUGAACAGUCCAUUGGUGAACAGCAGCCAUUCUUGGGCACAUCUUCAAUCACAACAGGGUCGGAGAGUUCACCAUCCCUCCCGGUUUUUUCCAGUGGUGAGGAGGCAUCAGAGACAGUGACGCCCAACACCGAUGGCAUGGUCACUCAGGCAGCCAGUGACGACAAUACCGAGCAGUCUCCUGCUAAUGGAAAGAAUAGCGAGAAGCGUACUGAGAGUGAUGACACCAGCGAGGAGCACCCUGCCAAGCGCAGACGGAUUGGUCAACCCGACUGGCUACCCCCUUCGCGCAACAGGGCCCUCAACCUCGCCCAGAACAAUCUCCAGGGGCAAGUCGUCAAGGAGGCAGAGCAAGCUCGCAUCAUUGAUCAGCUAAAUAUGGAAGAAGAUGGAAACAAGCGAAAGGCUCGAAUGGAGCAGCUGGAUAGAAAAAAGAAGGCCAAGGCUCAGAAGGCCAAGGAAGAGAAGGAAGCUAGACAAGCCCAAAAGGAGGAAGAAAGGGAAAGAAACGCUGCCGAGAAGCUUGCUCGUGAUGAGAAGAUGAAGGCGCAGCGGGCGCUUGUCCGGAAAGCUAAAGCCGCAGAGAAGCAGGCGGCGGACAAGCGGGCGGAGGAGGAACAGGUCGCAAAGAUGGCUGAGAAACAAAAGCAUGUCGAUGAGGAUCACGCUGCCGCCGCCACGACUACAAUUGCUCCCGCUGGCCCAAUCGCUGCUGUCGCCGCUGCUGCCACAAUUGCUCCCGCUGCCACAAUUACUCCAGUUGGCCCAAUUGCUGCCGCUGCCGCUGCCGAUGCCGCUGGUGCCGCUGGUGCCGCUGCUACAAUUCCUCCAGCUCCUAUUCCUGCUGCACGGCCUGCACAGCCUGUAAGGAGGGCGCUGGGCCUUGGACAUUGGGUUGACAUGGAAGAUAAGGAAGACGAGGACCUGUUUGGAGGAGACCAACAAGAGGAACCCCAACCCGAGAGAGAGUCGCCAUCCCAAGAGGAGGAAACAGAAGAAGAGUAUGAUGAAGCCGGUUUCAUGGAGGACUUCGACGAGUUAGAGGGAGAGACAGCCCAGGGCAGCCAGGAGGAAGAAGGAAAAGGUGCAGAUGAAGACGAAGAUGGGGAAUAUGAAGUGGAGGAAGAACCUCAACAACAAGUGGAGGAGGCAGUUCAACGUGAAGUGGAUGAGGAGAGUGAAGUCAGUGAAGAAGAGUGA